AUGCGGUUCCGAGCCCGUCAUCCAGAUGGUCGCCAAGUAGUAAUCUCAAUCGAAGACUCGGCAACAGUAGGCCAGCUGCGUGCUGCCAUUCGAGAGAAGCUCAGCAUACCAAAAUUCGACUUAAAAUACGGGUUUCCACCAAAAUCACUCAAACUCGACGACUUUCCGGACGAUACAUCGCUUCUGGCAGCUGAGAUCAGUUUGAACAAUGAGUCUGUCCAAGUGAUUCCUCCCUCAGAGCCAGAGAGCACCAUCAAGGCCGCAUCAGCGGCAAUGGUUAAGCCUCCUGCGGUCCCAAAGAAAGCUAAGCCAAAUCCCACGGAUGCUCUCCAAGAAACGCCAGAGAUAAGAUUCCCGUCCGAAUCCGCGACGGUCGUCCUACGUGUUAUGCCCGAUGACAACAGCUGUAUGUUUCGUGCCAUAUCAACUGCGGUUUCCGGAGACCAGGAUGUCGACCACGUCACCAACCUGCGGUGGCAGUGCGCGAACUACAUAACCGAGCGGCCCGAUAUAUACAACAAAGCCAUACUCGGCAAGGAACCUGCCAAAUACUCUGCUUGGAUUCAACAGGAAAGUAGCUGGGGCGGUGAGAUCGAACUGGACAUCUUGUCGCGGAUCCUUGGAAUAGAAAUAGACGCCUGCAUUAUCGAUCCUUACCAGGUUCAACGCUACAAUGAGGGAGCAGCAGAUCGGAUCAUACUGAUCUACUCUGGCAUUCACUACGAUACACUCGCAGUGUCUCCAGCUCCAGACGGCGAUAUCGGAGCAGAGCUAGAUAUGCGAAGGUUCUCCACCGUUGGUCACGACUUUGACUACGUGCUUGAGGGAGCGAAGAAGAUGUGCGCGAAGCUGCAGGAGCAAGGGUAUAUGACAAACACGAGCAGCUUCGAUAUCAGGUGCAAUACGUGUGGGUGGACGGGCAAAGGAGAGCGGUCAGCUUCGAAGCAUGCCAUGGAAACCGGACAUGUCGAUAUGGAAGAGGUGCGGUGA